UACUCUAUCACAGAUGAAGUGAUACCAGCUGCUCUCGAAACACUCUCACGGUAUUUUGAUGCCACACGUGAUGUGGCACCGGUUCAAGUCAGACAAAAUUUCUAACCGGCAUGCACUGCUUCAAGUCAGAUUGCAAUCGGUCUGCACAGUGCUGCAUGAAGUCGAACGCACCUCUGGUGUCAAUACUGAGGAUCAGCUCCUCACAUCCUACAAUUCACCUUCAAUGAAGCUCCUAUCACAAGAAUAGCAUCAUCAGUGAAGCUCCUCCCACAAUAAUAGCAUCAUCAGUGAAGCUCCGCCCACAGUAAUUCAGCUAUAAAUGCUGGAAUAUCUCCAUCAGUUUACAAGUGAAGACAACCAUCAAAGCAUCUUUAUUAAAGAGGACAGAGAGAAGAUGAGAGAUCCAGAAUCCUGCAGAUUCAAACACACUGAAGACACUGAAGAACUAACAGAGUUGAAUGAAGAAAUAGUGGAGAAUGAAGAAUCAAGUGAUUUUGAGGGGAAAAAUCAUGUCAAAACUGGAGAAAAACCUUUGAGUUGGUCUCAAACAAAACAGAAAGAUUCAAAGAAAAGAAGAGCCAAGAAAUCUUUCACCUGCACUCAGUGUGGAAAGAGUUUGACAAACAAAUAUGGUUUCAGUGUUCAUAUGAGGGUUCACACUGGAGAGAAACCGUUCACUUGUAAUCAGUGUGGAAAGAGUUUCACACAAUCAUCAAGCUUUAAGAAACAUAUGAACAUCCACACUGGAGAGAAGCUGCAUGCAUGUGAUCAAUGCAGCAAAACAUUUUUGAGGGCUUCAUACCUGAAGAAACACCUGACAGUUCACACAGCAGAGAAGCCACAUUCAUGUUAUUUGUGUUGUAAGAGUUUUUCAUGUCUAGAAAAUUUGAAAGUACAUCAGAAAAUACAUACUGGUGUGAGAGAGUACAUGUGCUUUGAGUGUGAAAAGACUUUUAUUUCAGCUGAACAUUUGAAACUGCAUGAGAGGAUCCACACUGGAGAAAAACCUUACAAGUGUUCACACUGUGACAAGAAAUUCAGUCAUUCAGCAAAUCUGAAAAGACAUGAGAGGAUUCACACUGGAGAGAAAACCACUGCAAUGAUGGUUUGUGUCAGAGUUGGAAAACUGUUGUCGUAG